AUGAUUUUUAUUGUUAAUAAAAUUCUGGCUAGAUUCUCUUCAAUUAAUCCAAUUUAACAAUUGAAUGCUAAAUUCUAAAAUUCUAAAUAUGAAUAACUAUGUGAGUAUAUGAAGUAGAAUAAUAAAUCGAUAGGAAUUAAGUAUAUGGCCAAAUCCAUCUUUUAAUUAAAGAGAGAAUUAGAUUUCUAAUCUAAAAAUUUAGAAUUAAUUUAACAAGUGACUAAAGAAAUGAAAGUAUAUCUCUAAAUUACAAAAGUUAGGAUUUUAUGAUAAAAAAAAAAUAUGAUAUACGUUCAUAUCAUUAAUUGACAUAGUUAUACAAAAAUAUUGAUGAAUAAGAAUUUGCAAUAACAAUUUUCCCUAGAUAAAAAGCAUUAAGAGAAAAAUAGAAAAAAAAACUAGCUUUGCAUGAGUUAGAUAGAUUUGAUGAAUAUUUCAAUUAUACUAAAUUAGAUUCUCCAGCUUUAAGUUUUAUUAUUUUUAAACUCAAUUAGAGCAUGAAGAAGAAGACUUAAGAGAAGAUAUGAUAAAUUUAAGACUUGAUAAAUUAAAUCCUUUGGGUUUGGAAUUUUUCGCAGAAACUCCUGUUCAAGCUGUUGUUACUAUAGAAACACCUUAAUUAGAUUAAGUUAUGUUAAUGACAAUGUUAAUUAGUUCUGGAUGCAUAGAAUUUAAGGAUGUUUCUGUUCUUGAUAAUAUCAAUUGGAGAUAAGAAUGGCAUUAAAAAUUAUUACAAAUAGUAGAUGAGUAUUCAGAUUCAUAUAGAGCAAAUAUAUUAAAUUUAUCAGAUGUAUAAAUAUAUAUAGAUAUUUAGCCAUUAUAAACAAAUCUAGUUAAGUAUUUAAAUGCUUUUGGAUUUAUAGCAGAAGAUGCUUAUUAUUUAGAAUUAUUAGCUAUUCUUUCGGAAUAAACAAACUAUAUUAAUUGGUUGAAUGAUUUACAUAAUAUAGUGUUGAUGAAUCAAAUUCAUUCUGCAUGA